AUGACGAAAACAGUGCUAUUUCACGCCGUCAUUAACUGUGACUUUCAAAACCAGCGUCAGUUAGAUCGUGGAGACUAUGGGGACAUUGCCUGCAUAUUUUUCACCAAACAUGGUCUUAAUCGCCCAACAAAGAAGUACCACGCGGUUUAUGGUGAUCUUCCUUCCACUUCUGAAUUGGAUAAAUUUGGGUCAAUACACUUGACAGGAGCCAAUCAGUGUCCUUAUGGAGACGAGCCCUGGGUGCUUGAACUGGUUGCUCUAGUGAAAAAUGUCGUGGAGAACUACCCUUCAAUAAAAUUGACCGGCGCAUGUUUCGGCCACCAAAUCAUCUGUAGAGCUACGGGCGGAGUGGUGACGCCGAAUCCCAAUGGAAUUGAAGGUGGUAUAUGCGAAAUCGAAAUUUCCGAUGAGUUUCCACGUACCUUUUUGGACUUACCUACUCCAGGGAAGCUCUAUGUUGUGGAAGCACAUAAGAACUGGGUGCAAUCAGCACCACCCGACGUUAUUGUUUUGGGUUUUUCUAGUAAAACCCACAAUCAAGGAGUUUACCGUAAAGGACGUUUUCUCACAAUUCAAGGCCAUCCCGAAUACGGAACUGACGUCAGCGAUUUCAUUGUACAAUCAUGGAUAAAGAAAGACUGCUCUCAAAAUUACUACGCCGAAUGUGUGAGUCGGAACAAAACGCUGCCCAACGAUGGUGGUGUUUUUGGAAGAGCAAUGGUUAGGUUCCUUACUGACGACAGUUUAUAG